AUGAGCCCAAUGGCUGGACCACAAGACGACAAAGCAGCACCGGCGAAGGAGGAUAAGAUUCUCGCGAUGCUUAAUGCGCUCUCGUCGCGCAUGGAGCGCAUGGAGGCGAGCCAGAUCAAGCUCGAUGAAGACAAGCGGAUGCGAGGGGCCAUCGAGAUUGGCUUGUUCGCAUCGUCACUCGGCGUGAACCUCGGUGCGGCAACGAUGCGAAUCGAUGCGCUCGAGCAGCCUGAACGGAAACCGCCGGCCAGAGCGCCGCUCGUGCGCGCUCCGACGCCGAGUCAGGAGUACUCGACGUUCCACUCGCUCGACCCUCGCUUCCCGGCAUUGUCACCGCAGCCGCAGCAAAUGCGUGCAUGUGCACCAGCCGCUGCGCCAGCGCAGAUGCAGAGACGGCCGAGGAGCACGCUGCUGAUCACGCCGCAGCGUAGGCACUGA